AUGCUAAGUUUUAUGCCGAGCGAGGAUCUCGCCUUUGCUCGAGGCUCCCUAAUCCUCGUCACUGGGGUCUCAGGCAUGAUCGCUGUUCAUAUUGCCGAUGAAGCGCUGAGGGCCGGCUUUCGCGUCCGUGGGACUACGCGCUCACUCGAAAAGGGGCAAGCGGUCACUGAAUUGCUUCAAUCUCCAAGCUUUGACUUUGCAGUCGUGGAGGACAUGGCCGCUGAUGGAGCAUUCUUGGAGGCCUCAGAGGGCGCUUCUGCCAUAAUUCACACGGCUUCAAUUCACGACUUCUCCAGCAAUCUUGAAGAUGUGCGUGGGCCGCUGGUCCGAGGAAGUAUGAAUGUACUGAAGGCUGCGGAGGCUACUUCGAGCGUGAAACGGGUUGUUUUUACUUCCACCACUGGCACAGCUGCCAAUCCGAACCCUGGCAGUAGUUUUCAUGUCAGCCGCAAUACAUGGAACCAGACCGCUGUCGACCUCGUGAAGAAUACCCCCCCAGAGGCCCAGAUCAAGAUGGGAUUCGAUUGGAAGAUGCAAGUUUAUCGGGUUGCCAAGAUUGAGACUGAAUUAGCUGUGUGGGAUUACGUUGAACAGAACAAGUCACACUUCACCGUAAACGUUAUCAAUCCAGGCUUAAAUUUCGGUAAAGCAAUGGGAUCUAUCGGUGUCAGUGGAAGCCAAGUACUCAGCUUACUUGAAGGCAGUGUUCCUCGAAUCCCUUCAUUAUAUAUGAUUGAUGUUGUUGAUGAUGCACGCAUCCAUGUUGCUGCUGCCAUUGACGCAAAAGUAACCGGCCAAAGAAUAUUCGCAUGUGAUGAGUCAUUCAACUGGCAUCUGGUGACAAAGAUUAUACAGAGACUCUUGCCAGACGCUGAGCUUCCGCUCUCUGACCCCAAGGAGCCAUUAGAUAUUAGCACCAUCGAGAAUGGACUCGGCGCAAAAUUAUUGAAGAAAUGGUGGGGCCAGCCAGGGUACAAAGGACUGGAACAGUCUAUCCAAGAGACUGUGGAGAUGUGCUUGGAAAGAAAGAAUGGUGAUUACAAGCGUCGUAGUCCGUGA